AUGUCAGCUAAGGGAGUGUUCAUUUACAAAUGUGUGGCCAACAACAAGUAUGGAACAGGAAGUAGUGGAACGAUUCCUGUUCAUGUGUACGUUCCUCCAUCCAUACAAGAAAUAGACAAUCAGACAAUAAUCGAGGGGAACGAUGUGACUCUAACAUGUCAGGCAUCUGGAGACCGUCCACUAGAUGUGUUUUGGAUCAAACCUGAUGGUCAACGCAUUACCACAAAUGUCUUGACGAUUACAAACAUUACAAGAGGUCAAGCCGGGGAAUACAGAUGUGAGGCCACUAAUAAUUGUAAAAAUGUUUCAAGGACAGCAAGUGUUGACGUGCAAUCUUCAGAAAGCACAGACGUUUACCUUACAGCGACAAUAGAGGAGAGCUGUAGCAGACGUGAAGAAGUUGCUGCGAAAUUUCCAGAAAUGGCUUGUCAAAUUGCCUUUCGGUUUGGCUGCUCAUCUGCCAACACUGUGAACACCAGGUGUGGCAGUGUUGUUCUCGACUUCAUGAUGAGGUUCAAUCAAAGUGUAACCGUCAGUCAUCUUUUGACCCUGCUAUCAGAUACUGCAAGGCAAGACAAUUUCGGAGUUUUUAAAGUCGAUCCGGACUCAAUUAAACAAAUUUUCAUACCCACAGACGGCUUGGAAAGCACAGCGAAGGGUCCUGAAGAAUGUAAAUGCCGAUCUAACAACGUCUUGUUUGCCAUAAUUGGAGUUCUAGCUUUCAUAAUCCUUCUUCUAGUGAUUUACAUAAUCCGGCUACACAGGAAAGGCGCUGUUGGGAAACAGAGGACUUAUGAAGAUGAGAGAGGCGUUUACGACAAUGAAACAGGAUUACAAGAUAUUGCACUAGGACAGCUCAAUUCAGGAAAACUCACACAGCCUCCUGCAGAAUACAUAGAUCUCAGAGAAGCUAGCAGAGAUAACAGAAAAUCACACAGUGCCGCUCCAGGUGCCGGUUACGCACCUUUUUAUCCCUCAACACGCUCCUGGGAAGUUCCAAGACAUCACGUGACCAUAGAAAAGGUCAUUGGUAAAGGUGCUUUUGGACAGGUUGCCAGGGGAACAGUAUUAGGACUUCGAGGGAGGCCUGAGACGACCACAGUGGCUAUUAAGAUGCUUAAAUCUAACGCUGCUGAAUCAGAAAAGAGAGAUCUGAUGAAAGAACUUGAAACAAUGAAGCAGCUGAAACCACAUCCUUACGUCAUUAAACUUCUGGGUUGUGUUACGGAAUCUGAGCCACCGUUGGUUUUGAUUGAAUAUGUGCCUUUUGGGGAUCUGCUGGGUUACCUGAGAAAGAGCCGUGGAUUAAAUGACACAUACUUCAAAGACCCAAAUAUCAAACCACAAACAAAUCUGACGUCACAGCAGCUAAUGAAGUUUGCCUGGCAAAUUGCAGAUGGAAUGAGCUAUUUGUCCUCAAAAUCUAUCAUCCAUCGAGACCUUGCAGCCCGUAAUGUGUUGGUUGGACAAAAGGAGACGUGCAAAGUGACAGACUUUGGAAUGGCCAGAGAUGUGCAGGAGGAAAAUAUUUAUGAACGAAAGACUAAGGUAAUCAAGAACGAGGGGAGAUGGGGGCCGUACUACAUAUCAUAUCGUACUACAUAUCGUUCCAUCUAA